GCAGUCGGGGUUAUGGAUUUUAACCUACUGGCGGACAGCGAGGCCCGAAGCCCAGCUCUGUCUCUCUCGGACUCCGGCACUCCUCAACAUGACCCGGGCUGCAAGGGCCAAGAGAACAGCGACACGGAGAAGUCUCACCAGAACCAGACGGACGAGUCCAACGCAGAGGACGGCUCGCUGAAGAAGAAGCAGCGGCGGCAGCGGACCCACUUCACCAGCCAGCAGCUGCAGGAGCUGGAGGCCACCUUCCAGCGCAACCGCUACCCUGACAUGAGCACCCGCGAGGAGAUCGCCGUCUGGACCAACCUCACUGAGGCUAGAGUCAGGGUGUGGUUUAAGAACCGCCGGGCCAAGUGGCGCAAGCGCGAGCGGAACCAGCAGGCGGAACUGUGCAAGAACGGCUUUGGGGCACAGUUCAACGGGCUCAUGCAGCCGUACGAAGACGUCUACUCGGGCUACUCCUACAACAACUGGGCAGCCAAGGGCCUAGCCAGCAGCCCGCUGUCGGCCAAGAGCUUCCCCUUCUUCAACUCCAUGAACGUGAGCCCGCUGUCCUCUCAGCCAAUGUUCUCACCGCCGCCCUCCUCGUUGCCCUCCAUGAACAUGGCGUCCUCCAUGGUGCAUGGUGCCUCGGGCGUCACAGGAGUGCCCACCUCCAGCCUCAACAACCUGGGCAACCUCAACAACCUCAACGGGGGUGGGCUGAACUCGGCGGCGGUGGCGGUUUCCGCGGCGACGGCGUGCCCGUAUGCGGCGGCGGCGGCUGCUUCAGCGGCGGGGCCGUACAUGUACAGAGACACCUGCAACUCAAGCCUGGCCAGCCUGCGGCUCAAGGCCAAGCAGCACGCCAACUUCGCCUACCCCACCAUGCAGAACCCUGUGUCCAACCUGAGCCCGUGCCAAUAUGCUGUGGACCGGCCAGUAUGAAGCCCAGCCGCUCAUGCCCCUGCCCAACACACACACUCACGCACACACUCACACACACACACAUACAGACACCCACUCAUGUACGCACACACAUUACCAGUAUGGGCCACCCACCCCAUUCCCAGGUUCUGGUCCCUCAUGAGCAACACAACCCCACAGUCCAGAAACCAAUCACAUCCAUCUGAGCUACUGCAUGGGCACAUGGACUGAUCCACAGAAUCUUUUUCUUAUUGGAUGACGGUACGUGGUGGGAAUACAUGGCGAGAUGUAAACAAUAAUAAGAUAAGCAAAAAACGUCUCCCUGAAGGACCACGCUGAAGAGGCAUUGAGACAUUAUGGCCAAACAGUCCAGCAGUUUGACAACCCUGGAGAGGAGAUGGAACAGGAUUUUUACAGUUUUGUUCGCGCUGCUGCGGCCUACACGACUCUAGUGAUUCAAACUGAACAAACCAGAGAGUGAGUCGAGCCUGAACACAUUUACUGCACCGACGGCAAAACUCUUCAGCAGUCAAACUGAACACAAUGAUAAACGAUGACUGAAGAAGAUGCCACAUCGCAAACCCCACGCCAGCCACCCCAGGUAGCAGUGGCCAGGGGGAUGUACAUAAUGAACUAUUUGUUUUGUAUGUGACAACAACAACAAUAACAACAACAACAACAACAACAACAAACAAAAACAACAAUGAAUAAAAAAGACCUUUCAAUACGUAGUACUUUGAAGAUGAGAUGAGCAUGUUCUUCAAGAGCUGAACCUAGAACCGGAGCACUCGGCGUACCUCCUCUAGGAAUUUUAAUCUUUGUUAUGAAUUCCAUUCACCUAGGCCAAAGGUCGAAGGUUAGGGGUCGCUGUCAGAAGGAAGACGAAACUUAGCGGCGAGUAGUUUCAGAGGCAAGACAAAUAACCAGCAAGAGCGAGAGACACCAUCUGAGUUCCCAUCUGUCAGAGCCAGAGAAGAAGGGCAUUUUUUGCAAGGAGAGCUGAAGUUAAAAAAGCCAUUGAAUAUAUAGAUUUGUGUGGUGUUUUAAAAAAGGGAGUCUAUGAUUGUAAAAUAAUGUAUGUAA